AACCCUCAGCCAAUGGAAUGGCAUUUCCUUUUGAACACUCCCACCUGGCCGGCAGGUGCAUAAAAAGAAAAGGGAUGGUUCCAGUUGCACAACAGCCACAGCCUGCUGCAGAGCUUAGACUUUCUUUUUUCUCUGGUAUUUUCCUAGUCCAUCUUUUUUUUUGGGAUCCGCCAAUCAUGCUUUUCUGGCACAGCCAACCUGAUCAUUACUGGCCAAGCCCGGGGGAAAUGUAUCCUUGCUCUGGAAGCAACAUUAUGAGGGAACCCCUGACUUUGCCAUUCCUGAAACAGGAAGAACCAAACAGCAUCUCCACGUCGGCUGAGCAGCACUGCCCUUCUUUCCAGUACGUUCUAUGUGCCGUCACCUCUCCAGCUGUCAAGCAGCAUGAGGAGACCCUCACCUAUCUCAACCAAGGGCAAUCUUAUGAGAUCCGCAUGCUGUGCAAUCCCAAGAUGGGAGAGUUUGCAGAGGGGCGCAAGUUACUGAAGAGUGUUGUCAGGGUGGUAUUCCAUGACCGGCGACUACAGUACACUGAACACCAGCAGCUGGAGGGAUGGAGGUGGAACCGGCCAGGGGACCGCAUCCUGGAUAUUGAUAUCCCCAUGUCCGUCGGUAUCCUUGAACCUCAUAUCCACCCGAACUUGCUCAACACCGUGGAAUUCCUGUGGGACCCGACGAAGCGGACAUCUGUCUUUGUCCAGGUCCACUGCAUCAGUACUGAAUUCACAUUACGCAAGAACGGUGGCGAGAAAGGUGUUCCCUUCCGAAUCCAGGUGGACACCUUCCGGUCCAACGAGAAGGAGGAACAUGUGGAGCACUUGCACUCGGCCAGCUGCCUCAUCAAAGUCUUCAAGCCCAAAGGAGCAGACCGGAAGCAAAAAACAGACCGGGAGAAGAUUGAGAAGCAGUCCCUUCAGGAGCGUGAGAAAUACCAGCCCUCGUACGAAAGCACCAUGCUGACAGAGUGUGCCCCAUGGCCAGAAGCUGCCGGCAACCUUCACAGUCCUCCGGCCACCCCCAGCCUUGUCUCUCCCCAUCCCUUCAAGCUUCAGACCCCUGAAAGGGUGUGCUCCUCACCUGGCUACACCCUGGAUAGCUCAUCAGAGAGCACGGCAGAGGCCUUGAGCCCGAGUGCUUCCAUAUUGGAAACCCAACAAUGGUUGCACAAAAACAGGUUCCCCAAUUACUCCCGUAUUUUCGCCAGCUAUACAGGAGCUGACUUGCUCAGGCUCUCACGGACGGACCUUGUGCAGAUCUGUGGAACAGCAGACGGAAUCAGACUCUCAAAUGCGCUAAAGGCCAGGUGUGUGCGCCCGCGGCUCAUCCUUUACGUGUCCAGGGAGGUGGAAACAAGUGGGAAUGUCUCUCCAAAUGCAGCGUCUGCCCUGUACCAGGAAUUGUAUCUGGAAGAGCUGACUGCCAGCGAGCUGACCAAUAAACUGGCAGAACUGCUCAGCCUCCCAGCCAACCAGAUUCAGCAGGUCUCCAGGCAGGGGCCGACAGGAAUUCACAUCCUUGUCAACGAUCAGAUGGUCAGAAAUCUUCCAGACGAAUCAUCCUUUGUAGCAGCUGUAACAAAAGCGCAGAACACAGAAGGUUAUCACUUAGUUCUAAAAUAGACUCGGACCUUCUAGAAGAUGACACAGCGCUGGCCUCCAAGAAGAUGAGGAGCAAAGGGAUGCAGAAGCAAGCAUAA